AUGGAGGAGCAACAGGCAAAGUCAGCCACAUCAGAGAGGGCUGUUUCCCCCCUGCUGAGUCUCAGAGUGGUGGACACCUACGGAGAGUGGACUGCUCUGUGGGAGAGCCAGUUCACAGCUCUGAACAUCACUCAUCUGCGCUCACACUCGCUGGUGCACACAGACCCUCUGAAUAAGAAAGCGCUGCAGGAGUUUGCUUUAAAGUACGAGCGCUCGGCAGAGCUUCACAGCCUUCCAGAGCAGGUUUAUAUCCUGGAUGAAAAUGCAUUCUUCAAUGACAUGAGGCUUGGCAAGAAAGAGAAGAAACGUCUAAACAUCAACUCAGGGCUAAAGAAGAGUUUAUCCUUCAGUCUGCCAGGCGCCAAACUUACUGUGGAUUUCUUUAAGGAGCAGGUCAGAAGAUACAAGUUGGAUAAAGUCCUGCUAAAGGGAACAGUGGAGCACAUCACGCCCGUGAUGGAGGAUGAGAAGAGAGUUAAAUAUUUUCAAGUCCAGCUUGAAGAUGGCAUCAUCCUAAGAGCCUACCAGGUUGUUAUGGCAACAGGUCCGACCCGUGCCCAGAUGGCAAACAUCCCUUCGUGGGUGAAAAGCAUCGGUGAAAGCUACCCAGAGGAGCGUUUGCUACAUACGGUUCAUCUCAUGCAUCAUCUGCCAAAUUCAGAGCAAAAACUUAGAGAAACAAACUGUUGGACCGAGAAAGAGACUUUUCUCCCUCGAGUGUGUGAGUCAGGGCAGAGGGUGAUGGUUGUUGGUGGAGGUCUGACCAGCGCACAUGUCGUCUCAAUUGCACUUCAGCAAGGUGCCAGCCACGUGACAUGGGUCAUGAGAAAGCACCUCCAGCUGAAACAGUUUGAUGUGGGUGACGUGGAGAGCCUGGUGGGUCGAUACUCCCAUGUGGAGCACGGCAUCAAGAUGGAUGGCCAAGCGUACCUACGGCAGUUCUAUAAUGAAAGAAGUCUCCACAAACGGCUGGCUAUGAUUCAAAGGGCGAGGAAAGGAGGGGCAGUCACCCCAGAGGCCUACACUCACCUGCAACCAUUCAUAGUAAACGGAGAGGUGGAUGUGAAGACAUACUGUCAGGUGAGCGAAGCCAGCUGGUGCUUCAGGAACCAGGCCUGGAGCCUUUCCCUCAGCACUGGGGAGCACUGGACUGGAGAUAUGAUUUGGAUCGCCACCGGCUGCAAACUUGAUGUGAAACAGGACCCGCUGCUUUCUGAAGUGAUGAAGGAAUUCCCAAUUCAGGUGAUAGAUGGAUGGCCAUGCAUAACAGAAAGCUUACAAUGGACAGAAGGAUGCCCGCUAUACCUGAUGGGCCAGUACACUGCUCUUCAAGUUGGACCUCAUGCAGUUAACCUCGCUGGCGGACAGGCUGCCAGCAUGCGAAUUGCCAAGGACAUCAGAUGCCGUCAGCAGCAGAAUGGUGGACAGGCUUUUGAACUGAGUGGACCGAAAUCAAAAACUGAAGAAUACGUUCAACAGAUGCGAGGCCUAUUAUGGCUUUAAAAUAACCAUUUAGCCUAAGAAAGUCAAAAGCACCUGU